AAAUUAAUUUUGAAUAAAAUUUAAGUAUCGGAAGUAAUACUUUCGUUAUAAAAAAACAGAUGUAACUGAAAAGUGUAAAGAGCAAGGUACUUCUUGAAAAGAGUAUCUUUUUUUAAUAUUUAAAAAGUUUCCAAUUCUUUGGACGAAUUUUGCUUCACGCAACAUAAAAAUCAUAACCAUAUUUUAAAGUGUAACAAUAUGUUUGCUAGAAGUAAACUUUAAUUUCAAAAAGUUGGUCUUUCAUUGAUUUUUCGUAACUAUUUCUUUCCAAUUUAGACAACCAUUAAUAUUAUUUUGCCUGUUUGCGACCCGUGAAAUGUAUAUAUACUAAAAUAUUUUUUCGUGUGAUGGGUAAGAUCUUCGUCUGCUUUAUACACUUAUUUUGAAACUAUUGUUUUAUAAUUUAUUACAAGUACUGAUUUUGGUGUAGGCAAUAUCACAUCAGAAUUGAAUUUCCAAUAUAAUAAUUCUCCUAACGCAAACUUUGCUUUUACUUUGUUACAGAUAAUAUAGGAUUUGAGAAUUUUAGAGUUGAGACGAUUUCAAAAUAUCAGGCGCUAUCAGAGAAGUUGGAAUUUUCUCCACAUAGAUGUAAAUUCUGCAGCAAGUCUUUUGAAUCAUAUGAAUAUAAAAGGCAUCAUGAAAUCGACUAUUGUCUCUAUAAGCCGCAAAUGAACCGCAAAGAAAAUUUAUAUACUUGCGAAAUUUGUAAUGCUAGUUACAGUCAUAAGACCAGACUUUCGUAUCAUAAAAAUCAUGAUUGCGGACGUUUACAUACUUGCAAUCAAUGUGGAAAUUUUAGGGCUACAAGUGAUGAAUUUUUCUGGUGCCGUUUCUGCAAGCAGAGUUUUCAACAAUUUGUAUAUAAAGAGCAUCAUGAAAUGUACGAUUGUAUCCACUCGUAUAGACCCCGAAGGAGCAACAAAAAAUUUAAGUCAUACACUUGCGAAAUUUGUCAUGCUAGUUACACUCAUAAGUAUAGACUUUCUUUUCACAAAAAACAUGAUUGUGGCCGUUCGCACACUUGUGACCAAUGUGAAAAUUUAGAGUUCUUUUGGACGGAAAUGCCGAAUUUAAUAGAUAAUUCAAAACUUCAGUCGACAUCUAAGGACUCAAGAGUUGGCAUUCAAAGAUGCCGAUACUGCAAGCAGUUUUUCGAGCAAUUGGAAUAUAAAAAGUAUCAUGAAGUAAAUGAAUGCAUCUAUAAUCCGCGGAAGGCGCAUACUUGCGAAAUUUGUAAUGCUAGUUACACUCAUAAGUAUAGACUUUCUUACCAUCAAAAGCAUGAUUGUGGACGUUCACAUACUUGUAACAAAUGUGGUAAAAUAUAUUCGGAGAUUAGCAAUUUGAAAAGGCACUUGCGAAAAGAACACUUUAUGUAAAUCGACUGUGAAUAAAAAAUGAGCCCGUAAAAUAAUAUAAAUCAGGGUCUUCGGUAUAGUUACAAAGGUUCGUUGUAUGUCAGAAAUAAUCUUUAAAUAAAUAGAAUAAUUUUUUUGCAC